CCCAGACUAGCGAACAAUACAGUCAGGAUGGCUAAAGGUGACCCCAAGAAACCAAAGGGCAAGAUGUCUGCUUAUGCCUUCUUUGUGCAGACGUGCAGAGAAGAACAUAAGAAGAAAAACCCAGAGGUCCCUGUCAAUUUUGCAGAAUUUUCCAAGAAAUGCUCUGAGAGGUGGAAGACAAUACCCGGGAAAGAGAAAUCUAAAUUGGAUGAAAUGGCAAAGGCGGAUAAAGUGUGCUAUGAUGGGGAAAUGAAGGAUUAUGGACCAGCUAAGGGAGGCAAGAAGAAGAAGGAUCCUAAUGCCCCCAAAAGGCCACCGUCUGGCUUCUUCUUGUUCUGCUCAGAAUUCUGCCCCAAGAUCAAAUCCACAAACCCUGGCAUCUCUGUUGGAGACGUGGCAAAAAAGCUGGGUGAGAUGUGGAAUAACCUAAAUGACAGCGAAAAGCAGCCUUACAUCACUAAGGCGGCAAAGCUGAAGGAGAAGUACGAGGAGGAUGUUGCUGACUCUAAGUCGAAAGGAAAGUUUGAUGGUGCAAAGGGUCCCGCUAAAGUUGCCGGGAAAAAAGCAGAAGAGGAAGAUGAAGAAGACAAGGAGGAGGAGGAGGAGGAGGAGGAGGAGGAGGAGGAGGAGGAAUAAAAAAACUGUUUAUCUGUCUCCUUGUGAAUUCUUAGAGCAGGGGAGCGCCGCAAUGGACACAUCUCUUACUUGAGAAGUGUCUGUU